CGGGGCGGGGAGAGCCCGCGCGUCCGGGACGGGCGGAGCGGGGCAGAGUCCACGUGGGGGGCGUGGAGGCCCGGGAGGUCUCGGGUGCGGGCGCCGGGGCUCGGGCGCUGGUCCUCCGUGGAGGUCCCGGAGGUCUGCGUGGUCGCAGGUGGGGUAGCCUCGGCCCCCGAUGGAUUUCUGCGGUUGUGACUGUAAGAAUCCGGUUCACCCAGCACCGCCUAGUAGUUUGACAGAAACGUCCUAAGAUCUUGGUGUCUGGAUAAAGGAGUUUAUCCUCAGCUGUUGUGAAGGAGAAGACCUCCCACAUCACUGUAGAUAUGGACAAAGAAGAAAAGAAAACUAUCAACCACAGUCAAGAAGAUGAAAUGGAGGUUUAUGGCUAUAAUUUAUGUCGCUGGAAGCUCGCUGUCGUGGCUUUGGGUGUGAUCUGCACUGGCGGGUUUCUCCUCCUCCUCCUCUACUGGAUGCCAGAGUGGCGUGUGAAAGCGACCUGCGUCCGAGCUGCGGUCAAGGACUGCGAGGUGGUGCUGCUGAGGACAACUGAUGAAUUCAGAAUGUGGUUUUGUGCAAAAAUUCGCUUGCUUUCUUUGGAGAGUGACUCUUUUUCAAAUUCCAAAUCCAUAGUUAAUGAGGUUUGCAAGGGCCGUGGAGUUCACUUAACUGAGCCUCCAGCUAGAGAAGAUCGGCGUGAGCCCAGUAAAUAUUUACAGACUCAUUCACAGCAGAUUCGUUAUUUCACCCACCAUAGUGUAAAAUAUUUCUGGGAUGAUACCAUUCACAAUUUUGAUUUUUUAAAGGGACUGGAUGAAGGUGUUUCUUGUACGUCAAUUUAUGAAAAGCAUAGUGCAGGACUGACAAAGGGGAUGCAUGCCUACAGAAAAUUGCUUUAUGGAAUAAAUGAAAUCACUGUGAAAGUGCCUUCUGUUUUUAAGCUUCUAAUUAAAGAGGUUCUGAACCCAUUUUACAUUUUCCAGCUAUUUAGCGUUAUAUUGUGGAGCACCAAUGAAUACUACUACUAUGCUUUAGCCAUUGUGAUUAUGUCCCUGGUAUCCAUUGUAACCUCACUGUAUUCCAUUAGAAAGCAAUAUGUUAUGUUGCAUGACAUGGUGGCAACUCAUAGUACCGUGAGAGUUUCAGUGUGCAGAGUAAAUGAAGAAAUAGAAGAAAUCUUUUCUACUGACCUUGUGCCAGGAGAUGUCAUGGUUAUUCCCAUGAAUGGGACAGUCAUGCCUUGUGAUGCAGUUCUUGUUAGUGGCACUUGCAUUGUGAAUGAGAGCAUGUUAACAGGAGAAAGUGUUCCAGUGACAAAGACUAAUUUGCCAAAUCCUUCAGUAAAUAUGAAAGGCACAGGAGAGGAAUACUAUAGUCCAGAAACACAUAAGCGACAUACUCUGUUCUGUGGAACAACUGUAAUCCAGACUCGCUUCUACACCGGAGAACUUGUGAAAGCCAUUGUGGUCAGAACAGGAUUUAGUACUUCCAAAGGACAGCUUGUCCGUUCCAUACUGUAUCCCAAACCAACUGAUUUUAAGCUCUACCGAGAUGCCUACUUGUUUCUGCUUUGUCUCGUGGGCGUGGCUGGCAUUGGGUUCAUCUACACAAUUAUUAAUAACAUUUUAAAUGAGGUAGAGGUUGGGACAAUAAUUUUUGAGUCUCUUGACAUCAUUACAAUUACUGUGCCCCCUGCACUUCCUGCUGCAAUGACUGCUGGGAUUGUGUAUGCUCAGAGGAGACUGAAAACAGUUGGCAUUUUCUGUAUCAGUCCCCAAAGGAUAAAUAUAUGUGGGCAGCUAAAUCUUGUUUGUUUCGACAAGACUGGAACUCUUACUGAAGAUGGUUUAGAUCUUUGGGGGAUUCAACGAGUGCAAAAUAUGCGAUUUCUUUUGCCAGAAGAAAAUGUUUGUAACGAGAUGUUGGUGAAAUCUCAGUUUGUCGCAUGCAUGGCUACUUGUCAUUCCCUUACAAAGAUUGAAGGAGUGCUUUCUGGUGACCCCCUGGACUUGAAGAUGUUUGAAGCCAUUGGAUGGAUUCUGGAAGAAGCAACUGAAGAAGAAACAGCACUUCAUAAUCGGAUUAUGCCCACUGUGGUUCGGCCUCCCAAGCAGCUACUUCCUGAAUCCCUACCUGCAGAAAAUGAAGAAAUGGAGCUGUUUGAACUUCCAGCUAUUUAUGAGAUAGGAAUUGUUCGCCAGUUCCCAUUUGCUUCAGCUUUGCAACGCAUGAGUGUGGUUGCCAAGGUGCUCACAGAAAAGAAGAUGGAUGCCUACAUGAAAGGGGCCCCAGAGGUUGUUGCCGGCCUCUGCAGACCUGAGACAGUGCCUAUUGAUUUUGAGAAAGUAUUAGAAGAUUAUACUACACAGGGUUUCCGCGUGAUUGCUCUUGCACACAGAAAAUUGGAGUCCAAACUGACAUGGCAUAAAGUACAGAACAUUAGCAGAGAUGCCAUUGAAAACAACAUGGAUUUUAUGGGAUUAAUUAUAAUGCAGAACAAAUUAAAGCAAGAAACCCCUGCAGUACUUGAAGAUUUGCAUAAAGCCAACAUUCGCACUGUCAUGGUCACAGGUGACAAUAUGUUGACUGCUGUUUCUGUGGCCAGAGACUGUGGAAUGAUUCUACCUCAGGAUAAAAUUAUUAUUGCUGAAGCAUUGCCUCCGAAGGAUGGAAAAGUUGCCAAGAUAAAUUGGCAUUAUGCAGACUCCCUAACCCAGAGCAGUAAUUUAUCAGCAAUCAACUCAGAGGUGAUUCCAAUGAAGCUGGCUCAUGACAGCUUAGAGGACCUGCAACUGGCUCGUUACCAUUUUGCCAUGAAUGGAAAAUCAUUUUCUGUGAUUCUAGAGCAUUUUCAAGAUCUGGUUCCUAAGUUGAUGUUGCAUGGAACGGUGUUUGCUCGUAUGGCACCAGAUCAGAAGACGCAGUUGGUAGAAGCACUGCAAAAUGUAGAUUAUUUUGUUGGGAUGUGCGGUGAUGGAGCAAAUGAUUGUGGUGCUUUGAAGAGGGCGCAUGGAGGCAUUUCCUUGUCAGAACUUGAGGCUUCCGUGGCAUCGCCUUUCACUUCUAAAACCCCCAGUAUUUCCUGUGUGCCAAACCUCAUCAGGGAAGGCCGUGCUGCUUUGAUGACUUCCUUCUGUGUGUUUAAGUUCAUGGCAUUAUACAGUAUCAUUCAAUACACCAGUGUUACUCUGCUAUAUUCUAUCCUAAGUAACCUGGGUGACUUCCAGUUUCUCUUCAUUGAUAUGGCCAUCAUUUUGGUACUAGUAUUUACAAUGAGUUUAAAUCCUGCCUGGAAGGAACUUGUGGCACAGAGGCCACCUUCAGGUCUCAUAUCUGGGGCCCUGCUCUUCUCCGUUCUGUCUCAGAUCAUCAUUUCUAUUGGAUUUCAGUCUCUGGGAUUUUUUUGGGUCAAGCAGCAGCCUUGGUAUAAACCGUGCCCUCUAUAUUUAGAUUCUUGUAAUACAACAGGAAGCCUGUAUUGGAAUUCUUCACACUCAUGCAAUGAAACUGAAUCAGACAAAAUUAAAAAAUAUGAGAAUACCACAUUGUUUUUUAUCUCCAGUUUCCAGUACCUCACAGUGGCAGUUGUCUUUUCAAAAGGAAAACCCUUCAGGCAACCUUGCUAUAAGAAUUAUUUUUUUGUUGUAUCUGUGAUUAUUUUGUACCUUUUCGUAUUAUUCAUCAUGUUGCAUCCAAUUGCCUUUGUUGACAAGGUUCUUGAGCUCGUGUGUGUCCCGUAUGAGUGGCGCAUAACCAUGCUGCUCAUUGUCCUCCUCAAUGCCUUUGUAUCUGUCAUGGUGGAGAGCUUCUUCCUUGACAUGGUCCUUUGGAAGGUUGUGUUCAAUCGAGACAGACAAGGAGAGUGUCGCUUCAGCACCACACCGCCGCCACAGGAGUCAGUGGAUUGGUGGGGGAAAUGCUGCUUUUCCUGGGCGUCCCUGCGCUGCCGGAAGAAGACUCCAAAGGCAAAGUACAUGUACCUGGCACAGGAGCUGCUGGUUGACCCAGAGUGGCCACCGAAACCCCAGACAACCACGGAAGCCAAAGCUCUGUCCAAGGGGAAUGGAUCGUGUCAGGUCAUCACUAUAGCAAGUGACCCAGGCUCGGUGGCAUACUGAUAUGGUGCUUGGGACUUCCUGAUCGUGUGUGUCAGAGUGCACGCUGUUUCAUAUCCUGUCAGUUCUCAGAAAAGUGUUGGCCUCCUCGCUGUUGCCUCUCAGACCUCCUGUCUUCAGUCACCAACCUAAAUAUUACACAAUUUCUGGAAUUUUGUUACCCUCAGUGAUGCUCUUUGUAUGGAUACCAGGGCAGCUUGGUGCAUGAAGGGUUUUGAGACUGGUCCCUUGUGUUACUUUCACAACUCCCUUACUAGAAAAAAAUUAUACUUCUAUGAAGAUCUAAAUGUGAAACUCAUUUAAAAAAAAGGGGGGGGGGUUGUUGAUUAGCUGCUGGUGAAGACAAGUGGAAAGGCUGUUUCCAUUGAUUCCAGUACUACUUCCAAAGAUUUCCUUCCGUGUGUCCACACCAGCUCCCUUCAGCGCUAGUCAGGAGUGAGUACAGUGGAGUUGCUUAGAGAGCUCAGGUUAUUUCCAUCAUGGUUUUUGGUUUUCUGUACAAACUGCCUGUGUUUUGAUUCUGUGAUCAGCAGGCGCACUCCUACCUCUGCAGUGAUCCCCAGUUGGAGUCUGGUGUGCUUUAGUUUCAUUGUGGAACCUUCCACACUCACUAGGAAAGAAAGAUAAUUUCUUUUGGCAUUAGAUGUAGAACUACCUUUCUCAUACUGCCUCAUUCCUGUUUUUUCUUCAGGAUUAGUAUUAUUUUUAAUCUCCAGUUUUGAUUAUUUGAAGACAUAGGAUGAGAGUAAAUUUUGAUUUAGAAUUUUACCUUGACAAAGUUUUUCUUAAGGGUUGGUAUAUGAGUCUCCUGUCAGUAACGAGGCUUUGACUGCUCUUUUCCAAAGCAGUGUGUGCUGGGCAAGAGUUUGUUUUGUGCCAUCAGGUGACACCAGAGGUCUGAACGUGCCAGUUUAGUUAGGCGCACAGGGCCAGGGCAAAUUUCUGGGAGAAAAAAGCCUCCAGGAAAUAAAAUUAAAAGACAUUUGCAAAAGAAGUACAGAGAAUAUAUUUCACUUUUCUGUUUUACCUGAUUAGUGUUUAAUUCUAAGGGUAGCUUUUAAAAUGCCAUUACAAAGUUUCCAGCAGUUUUGCACUGCCCACAGUUAGAAUAAACACAGGCAGUUCUUACUGUAUAAUGGCCCUAAAAUAUUUAACACACACCUUUAUGCGCUUCCUUAACUACUCCUGUGCUUGUGCAUUGCACUCCAGCAGAUCAUUUUCUCAAGACAAAUUUACCAUUUAGCCAGACAUUGCCCAGACUUGGGGACCCGAACAUGCCUCAUUCUUUGUGCUGCAGAGACCUGCGCGGUGUGGGCUGACUGCAGAAGUGUACGUGACGCCUGGGCUCAGCCUUCCUGCUCUUGCCACGGAUGAUUCUUAGGAAAUACAAUCCAAGCUUUCCAUCAAAAUGCGUAAUGUAAUACACAUUAGAUGAUAAAAACCAUUUCUCCAUGAAUGAUUCUAUGAAGCUAUGCAUCUUAGACCUCUCAAGCUGUGACUCCGCACUGUUUUCCAUAGUUACUUACUCUCUUGUUUUCUGUAUUCAUUUUAAAUUGCUCAAGUGCUGUUCUUUAGUGAUUUCUGGAAUUGUACAUUUUAUUAUUUGCUUUAAAUAUUGAAGCAUAUAAUUGAAGUGAUCACUAAGUAACAGCUCACAAUCCAAAUAGUCAUCAGAUUGUGUUUGCCAUCCUUAAGAGUGCGAUCAUAAAGAGCUGCUCUUGGCACACGCAGGCUCGUAACCCAGAGUCAGGGAGGCUUUUGCAGCUUGCCUGCUGUAUUAUUUUAGAGGAAUGCAGUUGAGGUAGAUGGACAUGCAGCUGUAGGUGGGGUGGGUUCACCCCGCUGAGAAUGUCAUUUGAGGGACGUCUGUGAAGCCAGGUGUCAGCGUUCUCAGUGCCAUCGACAGACUGAGUCCUCUCUGUGCGUCACUUUUGCAUAAUAGUAAUUCUGGGUUUAAUUUCACCUUAAAUUAUUUGAGUGUAUACAGAACUGAAUUUAAAAGUCUGUACAUAUAUUAUUUUGAUGUAUUAAGAUUGAUAAAUUUUAUUUAUGCACCUAAAGGACAGACAUGUCCAGGAAAGUAAUUGUUAAAUAAUGAUAUGUAACUUUUUAACUUUUAAAAUAAAGAACAAGAUUUUUAAUGUGUGUCUCCCUCAGGGUUGUUUAGAGUCCCCCACCACCAAGAAUAGUGCUGUUUUCUGUCUCAGAGCACCGACUGCGAUAAGCUGUGCCGCAAGUGAUGCUUGAAUAAACGUGGCUAAGCCAACAGAAUAAGCGCUUUUUAUAUUCCUUUUAUAAUCCUUAAAUUCUAACGCUUUCCAAAUCACACUUGCAUUAAACAGAACCAUUGCCAUUGGAACUCUGCCCAAAUGAUAGCAGCGCUGCGGUUUCCGAAGUGCGGUGGUGCUGCGUCCAUGUGUCUGUUCCAGCGCAGCAGGCGCACCACGCCUGGUGACGAGCAGAGCCCACGCGUUACACGACAUUCUGAUGUUUCAUGCAUGUGACUUUGCCAUACCUGAAAAUAAGUUUUUGUAUAUUUAUGGUGGGAGGGGAUAGGGAAGUUUUAACAAAGUAGGAUGUUAAUUUUUUUACAGUUGUGGGCAUUUACAUAUUUUUAAUCUAUUAAAAUUUGAUAAUUAUGUGCACAUGAAAUUGAUAGUUAACUUCCUGUUAUGAUUUGUGAAUUCCCUAAGACCUUGGACUUUUUAAGUGACUUUUUAUUAAAAACGAUACUGCAUCAUUAUAUUUUUAGAAUUGUAUGGCUGCUCAAGAAUGGUACCCUGUCGUCACAAAGGCACACGUUCAUGAGUGUACGUUCAGCAUUGUAAAUGAUCUUAGGGAAUCUUUUUUGAUUAAAGCUACUAAAGUAAAAAUCUAAGUGACGUCUCCAUA